GUUUUCAGUAGCUAAGCCCUCGAUAAUGCGUUGUUCUCGUCUGACGCUUCCCUACUGUUUUUCUAUCUUGUUAGCUGAGCUAACCGAUAUCGUUUACUAUGGAGGCUCUUUCUGGUGUUGCCAGUGGCAUGGCCGUUGCCUCCCUAUCGAUACAGCUCAUUGAUUCCAUCGAGACCAUCAAAACCUUCGUCCGCAAUGUGAAAGAUGCACAACAAGAGUUGGAACGUUUGGUGGACUUACUGGAGCGUCUUGAGGCCUUGUUGGAAGACGUUCGCGCCCUGAUGGAACGACAGACAUCGUUGCAGUCAGAACACUUUCCGAUGCCCUCAAUGACGAUCUUCAAAUGUCUGAAGAGCUGUGAGAAGACACUUGAGCCGCUUCAUGCUAUUGUUGAUAAAUACACGCCCGCACCAUCGAAAGUUGGUACACGUAUGGAUAAACUCAAAACCGGAUUGAGGUUCAGUCUCAAGGCAAAAGAUGUUAAAGAUUUCGAAACGCGAAUCGAGAGAGAAAUUGGAUUUCUACAUGCUAGUCUCGGUGCGAACUGCGGAGCCAUCUUGUGA